CACAAUUUGUUAUCGCAUACGUUUGUCUUCUCCUUAUAUAAUAUUGAUGUCUAAGUUUCGUUGCUGCCCAAAACAUCCUUAUAUUAAUAAUAUAAAGGUUGUCCUUUUGAAUAAUAAGGAGAUUUGCUAUAAAUUCACCAACGAUACUCUUGUUGAAGAUAUCUUCCAUGACGUAUGUUCUUCUAUGGAUCUGCACGAGCGUGAUAUAUUUGGCCUUGCAAUGCUUUGUAAUGACGAGGGUUGGCUAUUCUUAGAACCUAGUGAGUUUAUGCACAGGAUAAUAACCAAUUAUUUCGCGACAACUGAUCAAAAGUGUUCCGCCGGUAUUUUGUCUCUACCGAUAAAUAAGUCAACAUAUCAUUGUUCAUUACAAUCAUCAUAUCCAACUGUAUAUUUUCGCAUCCGAUUUUAUCUUCCGAUACAUUGUAUAAAUGAACGUGCAACACAACAUAUUUAUUAUUUACAACUACGAAGAAAUCAUGUUGCCUAUGAACUAUUUUGUGAUCCAAAUGUAUAUUUUCAGUUAGCAGCGUUUGCACUACAGGCUGAAUUGGGUGAUGCACCAAAAUGUUUUAAUCCAGAAUCUGAAACAUCCUAUUUUCUACCAGAACUUUAUUAUCCUAAGAAACAAUUCCCAGAUUAUUGGAUUGUUCCAACUAAUCGUAUUAAAUGGAAUGAAAUUAAACGAAUUUAUUACAAUCAUCACACUGUAACUAUUCAUUUACGCCCUAAGGCCCGGAGGCGUGAUUUCAAAAUGAAAAGAACUUUAUCAGCAAGACAUCUAUUUGCUUUGAUUACUAAUAUGCAUUUCUAUCAAUCAAUAGCCGAAAUGUCUGCGACUCACUCGAACGAUUUGUUGGGGAAAAUUGGAUUUGAAGUAAUUCAUUGUCAGUCCCAGUAUACUAACCACUGGUCAAAAUCAUUCGCUCUCAAAAAAUAUCUCAGGAAAAAUUAAAUAACCAAUUAUAAAGUGUUCCUCAACAGGUUCCGUAACUGUGAAAGUUAAGAUAUUCUAUAAAACCAUCGAUUUAACAAUACAUUCAUGCAGUUAAUAAAGAUUUAGCAAGUAAUUAAUCAAGAUGUACAUUAGUUGGCAACAAAGAUCAUUUGUUAUAUUAUGUCAUUACAAUGUAAUUAAAUACUUAAUCAAAACAGAGGAAAACUUCAUGAAUAUGAGAUUACUAAACAAAUGAAGAAGGUUAUAAUCUAGUACGUUUCUGUGUAUAUUUUCUUUUAUUUUGAUUUUUUUUUUUCGAGUCAGAUUUCGUUAAAUAUGCCCAGAUAAUAUAAAAACAAAAGAAAUAUUUAAUUAUUAUCUAGUCACAUUACAUUUAUUUGUUGUUUAUUGAAGUGAAUAUACAAAUAAAUUUGUCGUAAUUUCCACACCAAGUUGAGAAUCGGGAAUAAUUCUACAUUAGUAAUUAUUUAUGGAUUUUGUAUCAGUUAUAAACAUUUCAUAUUUACAGAUAGCUUAAAGAAAAAUAUCCAAAUAGAUGUUGAUAAAUUAUAACAUAUGAAGGAGAUUUCCUGUGAAUUUUUUCAUGAAAUUAUAAGGUUGGUGAAUGAACAUCUUUUACUUAAGACACGUGAAUCACUAGUAACGUUUUAUAAAUCCAACUUAUUGUGCUUUAAAUAUUGUAAAUAAACAAAAAGCAUAAAGCAAGUACGCUAAUAAAACUGAACCUUUAAACGAAUGUACCAGUUGGUUUAACCCACCCAAUAAACGUUGUUUGUAAAUUUUGGCUAGAGAUACAAAUAUCAUGAUGACAGUUAUGACUACUAAAGACAUUAGUUUAAGGCGAUCAUCUAAACAUCGUGAGUGUAUCCAAUCACAGCACACAUGCCAAGUUUCUUUUCCGCCAGAAAUUUGGCUUAGUGGUCUUGUAUUCAUCCCAUACUAUAUAUGCUUAAAUACAUUACCCCUCCCAACCAUUAUAGCCUACUUCUGUGUUUGCCGUCGCAAUGUCAUAACAUACAUGUUAUAUUACAGGCCUCAUUGAUUUAUCAUAACACAAAUAUUCUUUAAUGUAUUUUUUAGUUUCUAAUUUGGUUACCCCAUAGAGAUUUUCUUAAUACUUUAUAAAUUGUAUAGCAGUUAACGUUAGUUGCAUUUUUA